AGGAAAACGAAUCUUGGGUGUGGUUAUUUGGAAGAGAAGGAUAAUUCAAUUUCUACCUGACAAUUCUGCGAGUAUAAAUUGAACGAACUGGGCGAUGGAAAAGACACACUUGAACAUCAAGUCAACUCUGCAGCUCUUCUUUCAACAUGUACAAGUCAAUGAGCCUCUUGGUUUUGGUGGCUUUGGCUGCCUGCGUUGUCUCCAUGGAGGCCCAGGACCAGGAAGCUGCUGAGCAAUAUUACCACAUUCACGGUGUUUACCCCAAAUGGUACCCCUAUGGUGCCACAGCCGUCACUGGAAUCCGCAAUUACCCCUACUCUGCCUACAGCAGCUUCCCAACCGCUUAUUCCACUUAUAAUACCUACCCCACCGCUUUCACUGGUGUCCCCAAUGUUGCCGCACCUUACGCUGCCGGUGCCUACCCCUACGGAUAUCAAUUCCAAACCUACCCGUAUGCUCCUUACGGCGCUUUUCCUUAUGUCGCUGCCGCCCCUGCAGCCGCCCCCGUCAAGGCCUAGAUUAUUCGUUACGCAACACCGACACGAUCAUCAAUGACCAGAGCUGUGCUCGAGUUUAAUUUACUCACUUUAAAUCAUCUAUAACCGAUAAAACAGUUUUCUUUUUUUAAUCAUGUUGCAAUUUGGCACAUAAUGUUGUUGUUUUGAAUGAAAAGAAGAAAACACAUCAUUUGGUUAAAAUUGAAAUAAUAAAACCAUGAAAAUCA